AUUUUAUUUCAAAUAGGGCUUCCAAAAUCUAAUAAUCGGCUUGGUAUGCGAGACUCCAGUGCAAGAUGUCUCACUUUGAGUAUUGAUUGUUACUAAACACAAAUUAUUCUCAACAUAUAUAUUUUUUCCUAAAGGAUUCUCAGCAUAUGCAUUCAGCAGAUACGUUUUUUGUUUUGUUAUGUGGCCAACACGCAUUCUUGGAUAUAGAAAACAUACAAGGAAGAUUAACACUAUACAUGAUGGAUGCAAUCUAGUCGAGGUAGGUACAAGGUAGACUUGAGCGUAUUUUAGGAUUAACAAACUUCCUCAAACUGGGAAUGGACACAUAUCUAAUUUUUAGUUAUUUGCCUACAAUACAUGGUGAUUUUAAGUUUUUUAUUUAUCAAAUAUAAAAACAUACAUUAUAAGAAAAAUUAAGAUUUACUCGAUAAAACAAUAUAUAAUAAAAAGUAAUAAAACAAAAUUCAAGAUAAUAUUCUACCCACGUUAGUGAUUAAAUCAGUUGCCAAAAAAUUGGUUUGAUAUAUAGUCUAAUGAAAAGAUAAAGUAUAUAUAAUAGAUGUUUGAGUAAGAUGAGCAGUCAAUGAAUUGGAGGAAUGCAUAUAUAUAUAUGUAUAUAUAACCUUAAGCAAUAUUUGAAAACAUCCAUAUUGUCUAUUGAGGACCGUUUGUUGAAUAUACAAGUGACACAUUCGCACAUUUUUGUUUGGUACUAAGACUAUGCUUUCAGUAGGUCUAUAAUUUAUACAAAAAAAAAUCUUCUAAGUUAGCUUGCUGAUGUAUGAAAGAAAGGUUGUUGAUAUUUUCAAAAACAUUAUCAUAACUUUGAUAUAUUUAGAUUUAAAUUUGACAUACAUAGAUGGCAAUCAUAACUCGGAUAUGUGCGUAAAGUUGAUUUUUUUUUUUUGGAAACUGGUGUAAAGUUGAUUUCUACAAACUAGAAAAUGUUCUACGAUCCGAUGAUAAUAAUCUACGAAACUAUCCAAACAAAUAUUCAGAAACUUGAGAAAGAAAAAGAAAUGUUUAUUAAAAAUAGCUAUAAAUAUGCUAUAAAUAUGGGAAUAAAUGUAAAAUAACCAUAUUCUAUAAUGGAUAAUCUAUAUGUUCUAUUUUGUAGAACUAAAACAACUAGCUUUUAAAAAAUUUGACCAGAAAUUUUCUAUAAAAUUAUUUUGAUCAAUUUACAGAAAUCAUACUAAAAGAGCUCCAAAAUUAUUAGUGUAAACAUAUUACUAAAUCGCUUAAUUAGUAAAGAGAUUUGGACAAAGAUUUAUAAAUUAAAUGACAACAAUGGUUUGGUCCCAAAAAUACAUGUCUGAAAAUGCCAAUUAAAAAAAGAAGUAAAAGAGAGUAAUUUGUGAGGACACACACACACACCAUACUAUUUACGAACGGACCAGCCUUUGAGGGAUUUUAAACAGCUAGGUCAGUAGAAGAGGGCAAAUAGGUAAUUUCGUAGGAAGAGUAUGUCAUCUUGUUCCUCUCCUUUAAUUUUACCAGUCUAUUGGUCCUCAGCCUCCCUUCGCCUCAGGUGGCGUUUGCUCUAUCAUCCCAACAAAAUCGCUCCUUUUUUUUUUUUGAUUAAUUCUUACAAACAAAGGAAGAAAAAAAAAACUGAAAAAGCUCCGAAAUUUCAGACGACAAGUCUGUCUGUAGAUGAUUCGAUGCUUCUGGCAGACAUGGACCGAAAAGCCCUAGCGAUUACGCCUCCACUCCUACUCCUUUCCUCCUUCUUCUUCCAUCUUCGAGGAGCAGCAUUUGGUUCAUCAAAGGCCUUUCAUUGUCUUCUGCUUCUCUCAUGUCUCUUGCUCUCCUCAGUCAACACACUGCAUAACUUGGCUGACUAUGACUCUCUUGGUUCCUACAACAUUGCUGAAAGGUUUCAGAGGUUUAAUGGUGGGAGUGUAGGGGUACAGAAUGUUUGUCCCAGUUCAAACCUCCUCUUCUCUUUGCUUCCAGCUUUAGGAUCAGAGUAUCAUCAGUUUGAUCCUGUUCUCACCUUCUUUAGUCCUGGCAAAUCAUCGAGUAGUAGUAGCUCUGCGCUGGCGAGUAGCAACAAUCUAUCUGGCGUUGUGUGGCUGUCUCUAAAGCCUGUCCACAUCAUAGAGUUUCAGCCUUUUACUGGAUUCUCACGCAUAGGAGGAGGUACCAAACCUUUGUCCAAAGAGCUCUUGGGUAAGGAGAACACAAGGGAGUGGAGUAUCUCUGUCUCGGGAAAUGGUUUGAUGGAGCAGAAACGGUGUGAAGGGUUGUCUUUAGAACCAGGGGAGGACUCAAUCAAGUUCCUCUUCUUCUACUGGACCGAACUCUCUUGUGCAUCUGGAGUUGCUGUUUUUGCAGUGCCUAUGAAGUCCACAGCGCCUGUUCUGAUGCUUAGUCUUUACAAAAAGCCAGUCUCUUGGUGGCUGCGGGCCAAGAAACUCUUGAUCGCACUUCUCAUUGCCGUUGCGUUGCUUAUUCUGAUAUUCUGCUUCAACGACCACUUCGUCGAAGAGAGAAACAACAUUGCGGUUAGCAAAGCUGAGAAGCCAUCCACUAUCACAAUCUCUCUUGAAAUGGAUACUCUGCUAAGAUCCAUAAGCAAAGAGACGUUGCAAGGGUCCAAUGAGGUUGUUUCCGAGAACAGUGUAAAGCCAGUUGCUUCUGUUUCUUCUUGCCAAGUAGAAGAAACAUCAGAACUCACUGUAAAGACUGCGAAAGACAAGAAGAGAAGGCGUAACAAGAAGAAGAAGAAGAAAGGAGCAGUCAGCGAGUUAACAACAGAUGUUUCAAGCAGUCAGAGCGGAAACUCAACUCCAAGAUCUCCAUUGUCACCAGAACCACCAGCUGUUGUUGUUACUCAAGCCGCAACGAAGCCUGCUACUCCAAAACCAGCGCUAUCGCACUCAGCAACGUUUCCUGUUUCAGGUACCAAGUCAAUGGUGAUCAUACAAGGAAGCUCCCUGGCUCCAAAUGCGAGAGCUCCUGGAGCCAAGUCAAGAAGUGAAGUGAAAGAAGCAGAAGAAGAAGAGUAUAGGUAUUAUGAUAUAUGGGGAGAUCACUUGACGGGGCUUCAUUUGAUGGAUAGGUUUAAGGAAGUGAGAGAAGGCAGCAGCAGCUCAUGUUUUGGUGAAGAAGACGACGAGUUUGUGAGUCUUUUUGUUAAGGGUCCUCAUCACAACUUGUUACCAGGCUGCUCUCUUGCCAAUCCAAUGGCUCUAAUAAAGAAAUAAAAAAAAAGAUAUUAUUAUAUAAUAAUGCAAAGCCCAGUGGGCUUUAUGAUCAGGGAGCAUUUUUUGCAUGGAGUAGCAUGUUUCUCUUUUGA